CAGGGCCAGGCUCUGCGGCCAUGUGACCCUGCGGCCGCCCGGGACGGGACGGGACGCGCUGGGGCUGGCGUCGCGGGUCGUGGGCGCUGCCCGGGGCGGGGGUGGCAUGGAGCGGAGGUGGGUCUUCGUGCUGCUCGACGUGCUGUGCGUGCUAGUCGCCUCUCUGCCUUUCGCCAUCCUGACGCUCGUGAAUGCCCCGUACAAGCGAGGGUUCUACUGUGGUGAUGACUCCAUCCGGUACCCCUACCGUCCAGACACCAUCACUCAUGGGCUCAUGGCCGGGGUCACCAUCACUACCACCGUCAUCCUUGUCUCAGCCGGAGAAGCCUACCUGGUGUACACGGACCGGCUCUAUUCCCGCUCCAACUUCAACAAUUACCUGGCCGCUGUCUACAAGGUGCUGGGGACAUUCCUGUUUGGGGCUGCAGUGAGCCAGUCCCUAACAGACCUGGCCAAGUACAUGAUUGGCCGGCUGAGGCCCAACUUCCUGGCAGUGUGUGACCCUGAUUGGAGCCGUGUCAAUUGCUCCGUCUAUGUACAGGUGGAGAAGGUGUGCAGGGGAAGCCCUGCCAACGUCACUGAGUCCAGAUUAUCUUUCUACUCCGGACACUCCUCCUUUGGGAUGUACUGCAUGGUGUUCUUGGCGCUCUAUGUGCAGGCGCGGCUCUGCUGGAAGUGGGCACGGCUGCUGCGGCCGACGGUGCAGUUCUUCCUGGUGGCCUUUGCCCUCUAUGUGGGCUACACCCGCGUAUCUGACCACAAACACCACUGGAGUGAUGUCCUCGUGGGCCUCCUGCAGGGGGCACUGGUGGCCUGCCUCACUGUUCGCUACAUCUCCGACUUCUUCAAAACCCGGCCCCCACAGCACGGCCUGGAAGAAGGGGAGCUGGAACGGAAGCCUAGCCUGUCACUGACGCUGGCCCUGGGUGAGGCUGACCGCAACCACUAUGGGUACCCAGUCUCCAACUCCUGAGGCAGGAAGCCGCCCAGGCAGGGCCCCAGCUGGAACUCAGGCUGUGGGUCAGGAUGUCCGCGGUGCCGGCAGGGCCCUCGCCUGGGAUGGCAAUGAAGUGCUCCAGGCUCCAGGUGCUCCAGGCUGGUUCCCAGAGGGGUUUCUGUUAAACCCACCUCCUGUGCACUGGACAAGGGGCCUGGCCUGGUGGUGCCCCGGGCUGCCCUGUUUGGAUGGGGACCCUCCAUUAUGAAUAGAGCUCCCUCAGUACCCCUUCUUUUGUUGGCUUAAGGAAGGGACCAAGAGAUCUAGAUAAAUGCUGUUUUUGUAAAAUGUAUUAUGUGGAUUUUUAGUAAAUUAGGGCAUUUGCUUGACAAAUGUUAUCAGCACCUCUGUUCCUCACGGCCAUUCUGAGGACUGUUCCUACAGCAGCGGGGAGAGCCCUCCCUUGGCAGCGGCUCAGCUGAGCUGUGUUGUGAAGUCAACAGUGGUUGCGAAGUCAACAAGCCAAAUGAAAGUCACAGCCACGCCUUCCGUCGGUCAUUUCUUCCGAGGGCGCUGCUUCCUGUUCGUACCGAAUGGCAUUAAAAACCUACAUCAUGUGGGAGCUAAUGUGCUCAGGUGACCGUGCAAGGAAAUGUGUGCAUGCAUUCCCACCUGUGUAUACCCACCUAAAUAUAAAGAUUUCUAUGUGGAA